AGAGAGAAGCCAUAACAAAUAUACUUUGCAAAAACACUUCAAUAAUGUCAUCAGUUCUCCUAUUCAGCAUUCAUAUAUUGUUGGUUCAGAAGGGCUCUUCUGCAACACCAACAUGCCAAACCACAUGUGGCACAAUACCAAUAAGAUACCCUUUUGGCACUGCCUAUGGUUGUGGCCACCCUGCAUUCUCUAAGCACAUGAAAUGCAACCUUGGAACUCUUGAAUACUACUCAUCAACAAGAACCACCAGCAAUAAUAAUGCCUACACAGUUUCCUCAAUAGACUAUGCAAGUAGCACAGUUAUAAUCAUAGACCCUUUGAUGUCAAAUUGCACUGAGAUGCAAAACUCUGGUAGCUUUACCUUAGGUGAUGACACACCAUUCACAUUGGCCAAGGAGAACAUCUUUGUCCUCCUUGGCUGCUCCACCACCUCUCCAAUGUUCGAUUCGAGGGAAGACUUCUGCGACACAGGAUCCGGCUCCCGGGUUUGUAGAGGGAUGUAUUCAUGCAGAGGAGUGACAGGGAUUGGGCUGCCACAGAAUGCACCAAUAUCAACAUGUUGUGUAUAUGACUACCCUACUGGAAUUGGGUUGGGAUACAGUUUGGACCUUCCAAAGCUUCAAUGCUCUUCUUAUGCUUCUGUUUAUGAGUUUGGAGAUGAAGGGGACCCCAUGAAGUGGAAGUUUGGGGUAUCAUUGAAUUAUAAUGAUUCUUAUAAUUAUAGUGAUGCCUGUAAAGAUUGUGAAGCAAGUGGAGGCUUUUGUGGGUUUGCUAGUUUGGAUGAAUCAUUCUCUUGUGUUUGCAACAAUGGUGUUAACACCACCACCAAUUGUUUUGGACAAGGAAAUGCUUUAAGUGGGACAAUGGGACUGAAAAUUCAAACCGUGUUGACUAUUGGAGAAUGUAUAUGGAAUAAUUUGCAUACACCAUAUAACUAAAGAUAUAUGGGAAUAUGCACUCUUCUUAAUUAUCUUGUGUUCACUGAAGUCGUUAAUUGGUGUGGCUGGAUGAUGUUUCUGCAGGACUUGUAGUGUCUUGGAUGUUUUUACUCCUCCAAUGCAGAUAGUGACAAAACAAAUAAAGGGCUAGGGAAUGAAGAAGAAACAUGUCUUACCAUUUUAAUUAGUGCUUCAUUUUGGUUAUUUGACUCUAAAGCACAGAUAGGGCCAAAUAUAUGUAAUUUAUAUCAAAUUGAAAUGGCAAGCAAGCAUCUGUUUUUAAUUCAUAGUUGUUGGAUUGAAUAGAAUAUUUUAACUAGGAAUGCUA